AUGAGUCUCUGUCAAGUCUGUCGACAAACCUUGCCCUCGUUUCCAAUACCGAAUGACGAUCGAAGCUUAGUCACAGCUUCACUACCAGAUAUUUCAAAUUGGUCCGAAAGCUUCUUCGACGGGCAAUGGAUUUUGACAGCUCAUUUUCUACUACACGCCUCGUGGGAAUCCUUGAAAACAUCAAUAAGCAAUGACUGUCCUCUCUGCUGGACCAUCUGGCGAUGUAUUCGAUCAUCACCAGUCGCGUCUCCAAACGACGAAACGAUAACGAACUUUAACGCUCAAAUAUUCAACCUUGCUUGUGAGCCUAAUGAUGCUGCGUAUACGUUAGACAUUCGUCUGGCUGGGCUUGGUCUCAAGAUCAAAGACCUACGACUGGCUGUUUGGAAGACCACUGAGAAGUGGUAUCUGGACAGCAUCCUACCACAGACCUACCAAGACAUCGUCUCUAUCUGCCGUCACAUGGGUAUCCGAUAUCUCUGGAUCGACUCCCUCUGUAUCAUACAAGACGACGGUGGUUUCGAAUUCCGGCAAGAAGCACCAUUGAUGAUGGAUAUCUACCAGUUUGCCUUCCUUACAUUAACAAUUUGCUGGGGUUUUCCAGGCCUUGGCGUUUUUCGUAAAUGUCGACCUCGCAGUAUACCCCGGCACAAACCUACCGUUUCCUACCAUCGACCAGACUCUGUGGCUCAAACAGAUGAAUGCGUGUUUGUCGAGCACAGAGAUGCGUCGGAUCUACAAGUCGAUGUGGAUCAUGCACCGCUCAACAACCGCGCGUGGGUCCUACAAGAGCGCUGUCUAUCGAGGCGGCUGCUCUAUCUUGGAAACGAGCAGUUGUAUUGGGAGUGCAACGGAUGUACAGGCAGUGAGGUCUCUCCUGACCUCCACUGUCCUGCCCACAGGAGAGCUGAUACAGGACGUCAGUCAAUGGUUGAUCUGACAGGGCCGGAUAGAGAUACACAUUGGAGUUGGGUACUUUCGAAGUAUACUGGAUACGAUCUGACAUUCGAACAAGAUAGGCUUAUAGCCAUAUCGGGUCUUGCUAAGCUUAUUGCUAGUAAGACUGGUGAUAGUUAUCUUGGUGGCAUUUGGCUUGAGUCUUGGAUGCAAGACCUCUUGUGGGAACCAGCUACGGGUCCUGACUCCAAGCAGAGGGUAGAGGAUACAAGUGAUUCUACCACACGGCGAAUGCCACGACCGUCAUGGUCAUGGUUAGCAUUUCCUGGGUCAGUCAUGUCUGGUCGCAUGAUUAGAAGAGGGCCAAAGAUCUCACUCACAGCUCCCAACUCCUAUCAGUCAAAGGAAUUAAAGCCAUUAGCUCUGCUAAGCCAAACCAUCGUUACUCCGCCCGAGAGCGAUCAUUUUGCUUCCUUUGAUCGAGCAGUUCUGAAGAUUAGGGGUCUGCUACUACCAGUAAAGUUCACUGGGACUCCGCCUAAUACAGGCCAACCAUGUUACUUCCGUCACGAACAUGGAGUUACGCUUCUGGCAGCUCGUCUAGACUAUAUGCAACUACGAGCAUGCAACCAACAGGAUGGGACGUACACUCCUAUCAGAUUCUGCUUUAGCAAAACUGUCGUCUUUUCCUCGCAGUACUUCCUUCUCCCGCUAUAUCAAUACCAUUGGGCACGCGGCUUUGACGAUCCGGGUAUUAAAGCCACUUUGGUAUAUGGACUCGUGGUCCAGGAAGUUCUGAACAAAGGUAGCCGAGAGUUUAUCAGGAUUGGAACCUGGAACGAGGACUUUUAUUCGUCUCAGCUAAGCCCUGUCAUCAGCAACACGAUUGUUAAAAACGGCGUUGGGAAGGUUUCUAUCUUGAGAGAUGGAAAUCUCACAUUCACUGAACGUGAUGACUUGACGUAUUCUAUUGUACAGCAGUAUCGAUGA